AUUUCCAAGAACUUAGCAACUAUAAUGAUGAUCUCAUCACUAAAUCCCUUAUUCACUACCCACAGAAGUGGUGUUAUAGCCCAACAAUUUUUUGCAUCUUCAGCUGCAGCCUCAAUUAACAGUGUCUCAUCUCUUAAAAUCGCAGCAUGCAGCAAAACAAAGCUUGUUGAUCAGUCACCAUUAAGACAAUCAGGAAACCACCAGCUUCUGAGUUGGGAUUUCAAUCAUUUGCAGUCACUAAGGAAUGACUAUGCUGAGGAAAAGUACGUAAGUCGGUGUGAAGUGCUUAAGGAGCAAGUGAAGAUGAUGCUAGAUCAAGAAAUGGAGGUGGUAAAUCAGUUAGAGUUAAUUGACGACUUACAACGGCUUGGAUUAUCUUACCAUUUUGGAGACGAAAUCACCUCAGUUUUAAGUGGAAUUUACAAACGGAAGUCGAUGAAUAAAAUGCGGAACCAAUGGGGAUUAUAUGCAACAUGUCUUGAGUUCAGACUCCUUAGGCAGCAUGGUUUUGAUGUCUCUCAAGAGAUUUUUGAUUGUUUCAAGGAUGAAAAAGGGGAUUUUAGGCCUAGUCUUUGCGAGGAUUCGAAGGGAAUGCUGUACUUGUAUGAAGCUUCAUACCUCGAAUCAGAAAAUGAAGAGAGCAAUCUGGAAAUGGCAGGAAAGUUUGCUGCAAAAACUCUUAAGAAGAAUUUAGAUGAAAAGAGAGUUGAUCAAGACCUUGUAGCAUUAGUUCAACAUGCCCUGGAGCUUCCACUCCAUUGGAGGAUGAUGCGUUUGGAGGCAAGGUGGUUCAUAGACAUAUACGAGGAAAGAUCAAACAGGAAUCCUAUUCUGCUUGAGCUUGCAAAACUAGAUUUUAAUAUUGUCCAAGCAGCACAUCAGAAUGAUCUCACAUCUACAUUAAGAUGGUGGAGAAGUACAUGUCUAGCAGAAAAAUUGACAUUUGCCAGGGACAUGAUGGUAGAAAAUUUCUUCUGGACUGUCGGAAUAAUUUCAGACCCUCAACAUGGAAAUGGUAGAAGACUAUUGACAAAAGUUGUUGCUUUGAUAACUGCUAUAGAUGAUAUAUAUGAUUGUUAUGGUACUUUGGAUGAACUGGAAAUCUUCACUACUGCUGUUGAAAGAUGGGAUGUCAACUCAAUUGAUCAACUUCCAGAUUGCAUGAAAAUAUGUUUUCUUGCACUCUACAACUUUGUCAAUGAAAUGGCCUAUGAUGCUCUAAAAGAACAAGGAGUCAACAUCAUCCCAUACCUAAGAAAAUCAUGGGCCGAUUUAUGCAAAGCAUACUUGCAAGAGGCAAAAUGGUUUUUCAGUGGAGAAGUACCAACCCUACAGCAAUACCUCAAUAAUGCCUGGAUUUCAAUAUCAGCUCCAGCAUUUCUAGUCCAUGCUUAUUUUUGUGUUGAUUAUCCCAUCAACAAGGAUCACCUGCAAUACUUGGAUAACUAUCACAAGAUUAUUCGUUGUUCAGCAAUGAUUUUACGGCUCACAAAUGAUUUAGGAACAUCUCCAGAAUCGGAGGUGUUGAAUGUCGGUGAUGUACCAAAAUCGAUACGAUGCUAUAUGAAGGAGACAGGUGCAUGUGAAGAAAAGGCACGGGAACACCUAAGGUUUCUGAUCAUUGAGGCAUGGAAGCAAAUGGAAGAAGCUCAAACUUUAGACUCUCCCUUUUCUUCUACAUUUAAUGGAAUUGCAGUUAAUCUUGCAAGGAUGGGACUAUGCAUGUACCAGCAUGGAGAUGGCCAUGGCCAUCAAAAUUCUGAGCCUAGGGAUCGUAUAUUCGCACUGCUUUUUGAGCCCAUAUGUUGUCUUGCUUAGGCCUAAUUUUGGGUUCGCAGUUAAAUAACAAUUUUCAGGAAAUUGAAUAGCUUUUAAAUAUAUGAAGAAACUAAGUUCCCGUUUGGAUAGCAAGUCUUGGAGUUUUUAUAGAAAAAUAUAUUGUAGUGACGUUAAUGAUAUGAUGUAUAUGAAAUAAAAGUAUAUUUAAAAAAUAUAUCGAGAGAAUAAGAUUUCCUGUACUUUGCCCCCGGUUAGCUCAGACGGUAUCUAUAAUCUCCUCUUUAGGAGCAGGUCUCAGGUUCGACUCUCGGGAGCUACCGUGCUGUGAUUCUUGGGACGGGCUCUUACAGCCUGGAAGGAGUAGUCUGGCCCGCUCAGGUGAUUCCGGCUCGCUCAGGAUGGAAAAAAAAAAAAAACAAGA